AUGUUUCCUGACAAUGUCUAUGACAUCGAGGAGCUUUCCUCUGAUGAUCGCGCUUUAUUUGCGCGGAAGUACCGGAAAUAUCUCCACUAUAUAGCGCAAGCAGCAAUAUGGAUCACCUACAUCUACUUCGCAGUGCGAUGGUUUUUCACCUUGAGAACCCCGGACCGAACAUGGAAGAUGUGGGUAAUGUUUGGCGUUGAGGGCCUAUUUGCUCACAUAUCCCUAAACCAUCAACGUUUAUCGUUAGCCGCAACAACAAAGCCACCACACCAGACACUCCGCAAGAGAUUACGCAGCAAUGACAACCUGCCAAGAGUUGACGUGCUAGUAACAUGCUGCGGAGAGCCAGUCGAAGUCAUCCUGGACACAAUCAGAGCAGCAUGUGCUUUAGACUACCCGACUUCCCGGUUUCGAGUCCGGCUUCUCGACGACGGAGGGUCAAUUGACCUGCGUGACGCGAUUGUGAAACUCACCACAAAAUGGAAUCACCUGUCCUAUCACACUCGCGGCAAGCAAUCCGGGAAAUCUUUUGCCAAAGCAGGCAACCUCAACUACGCCCUUUUCUCCCUACAAACCGAAGACCCACCAGAGUUCUGCACAGUCGUCGACGCAGACUCCAUCCUGAUGCCAGAGUUUCUACGCGCAACGCUGCCCCAUCUUCUUGCAGACCCGGAGGCAGCAUUGCUGACCACGCGACAGUAUUUCUAUAACCUGCCCCAUGGAGAUCCCCUCUCACAGUCGCGGGCUUACUUCUACACGUGUGAAAAUACAGAACUCGAUCUUGUCGGUCAUGCACUAGACGCGGGAUCAGGUGCAGUUUUCCGUCGCGACGCGAUUCUCGAUGCGGGUGGAUAUCCGACCUAUUCUUUCUCAGAAGACUGGCAACUGUCGUUGAUUCUACGAGGGCUGGGGAAGCGGACGAUGCAGGUACAGGAGGUUUUACAAUUUGGUCUUGUUCCUACUUCUCUUGCUGGGCAUCUCAAACAGCGGAAUCGGUGGCACAUCGGACACUCUCAGCAGAUUUCUAUGUUGUUCCCUUCUAUCAAUAAGACGAUUCCAGAGCAUCUGCGUUGGGAUAUUGCUCUUGGAGGGUUAUCUAUUAUGGCAGGUCUUGCUACCUAUUUGAUUGGAUUUGUUUCUCUGCCUUUUCUUCUUGUCUCUGAUGGUGGGUUUGUUCCUGCUGGAUCGGCGCUGGAGGUCAAGAUCCAACUUGUUUUGGCCACCGUGCAUGUUGCAUCUACAUGGGCAUAUGACUGGGCUCGAAGUGCACAUGCGGGUGUCCCAUUUGAGCCCUUUGCACACGCAGAGAACAGUUGGCUUGCUGCGGCCCAUUUGUACGCCAUUGUACGAUUUCAUCUAUUUAGAAGCAAUCCCAAGGGAUCUUUUGUUACCGGAAGCACCGCUAAUUCAAGUGAAAACGCCACAUCCAUUUCGUCGUUCCAAAAGGCAUACAGAGAUACUAUUCAAAGUGGUGCUUUGUUGAACAUUUGUCUUUUUAUUGCGACCGUUGGAGCUAUGCUCUUUGCAAUCCGGCUGGCUAUCACCGGAGAUCAAUCGACAAUUCCCACAAUACUCACUACAAUUGCUUGGCCGCCGUUGCUGCACUUAUGCUUCUUGGCGAUUGUCAACAAUUGGGUACCCAUUGCUCAUCUUUUCAAUUCUCCGAUCUAUCACUCCAGAGACUCUAGGUUACUCACCACAGAGAAGGGAAUAUCAUACCCACGAAGGGAAGUUGAAGGGGAACUUAGGCUUCAUAAGUCUUUCCUCGGUCUCUGCUGCUCGUUUUUGGUGCCAAUUGUUCUCUUGGGGGCGCUGGCGGGUGUUGUGGUAUUAUAG